ACGUUAUAUUUCCCCGACUUGUAGUUCCCACGAGUUUUUAGCGGUAAGCCGAAAGUAUGUCUAUAAAUUAAGUAAAUACUCGUACUUUGAGCAUGACUACUUGCGCGUGUUAUCUAUUAUAACGAGUUAUUCGCUGAAUUAAACAUAUUAAGUAUCUAAAAGGGUUUCUCGCGCCUUAACUUUUGUGUGAUAAAGCUAACUAGCGACGUGGCUAAACUCCACGCUUUGCCUGUGGUAGCAAAGUGGUCCCACUUUGACGAGUGUUGCUCCGUGCAGUAUUUUUACAUGCUUUUUUUCAGGAGUUGCUAGUGAUGGCUGGCAGCAGGAUGAAGUUGGAGUUGUCCAAAGUGGUUCAGGGAAGAAGUCGUUUGGGUCAACUGAAGGAGAUAGGAAGGACGGGGCAGCACUGUCUGGAUAUUCCAGGAUGUCUUCUGUUCACGCACCUGGGCACCGUUCCCCACCUCACCCAGGACACCCUGCACACCCUCAGCAGCCUCCCCACUGUCACUCAGGUCACUCUGUCCAACGUUGCAGAGCACCAAGAAGUGCUGGAGGAGUUUAAAGGCGGAUUUAAGAAGUUUGCAGGUCUCCAUGAUACUGUGUUGUACUGCUCACUCCACGACUCUGCAGCCCACAGCCCGACAGGCCACACCACCAACAAGACGGUGUCAGUUUGGGGCAGCGGUGGGCGGAUAGAGCUGACAGUGGCUAAGUACAUGGCCCUUCAGAGGACGGUGCAGCCAGACUGGUACCAGACCAUGGCAGAUGGGGAGACCCGGCAGACCGGCAUCUCGCGGAAAAGGGUUAGAAAGUCGGUGGACCGAUCUCUGGCUCAUUUGGACGAGUGCCUGCUGGUGCAUCAGAAAUCACAGGAAUUGGAAGGAGUCAGUGUGUUUGGGGUGGUGGAGGGAGGAGACAUCUUGGAAGAGAGGCUGCGCUCAGCCAGGGAGACGGCCAAAAGGCCCGUAGCGGGAUUCUGCCUGGACGGCUUCCAGAACGGUGCCAUGGAUCAGGCCCUGAGGAGCCAGCUCAUCACUGCUGUCACCAAGGAGCUGCCUGAGGACAAACCCAGAUUGCUGCAGGGGGUGGGGAGGCCUGAUGAGGUGCUGGCGUGCAUCGAAGCAGGCGUAGACCUUUUCGAGGGCUUUUUCCCCUUCCAGGCGACGGAACGGGGCUGCGCUCUCAGCUUCCGCUUCAACAUCACAUCGGACCCGGAGAGCGCAGUGGCUGAUGAAGAGCAGCACGCAGCGGGGGAGACGCAGUCGAACGGAGAUCUUAAUUGUGAUGAUCAAACACACACGACACGCUUCGAGAUGGAUCUCAAAGACAAAAGGUACCAGGGUGAUUUCAGGCCCCUGGUGGAAGGGUGUGGCUGCUACUGCUGUAGGAACCACCAGAGGGCGUACGUGCACCACCUGCUGAUGACCAAUGAGCUGCUGGCGGGAGUUCUCCUCAUGAUUCACAACACAAGCCACUACCACAGUUUCUUCAGGGCAGUCAGAGAAGCUUUGGCCAAUGACAAAAUGGACCUCCUGAGGAGAUGUGUGCUUGGGACAGAAAAGGAGUAAAGCGGAUAAUGUUUCUCUAAACUGGCACAAUGCAGGUUACAGUAAUGCUGCACAGACCUUCAGAUGACUUAUGUUUGCUUAUCCCAGAUCUCUGAAAAAUAAAGAAGAAAAGGAGCAGA